AUGGACGGCACCCUGGCUUCAGAUGGAGGAUUCGCGAAGGGCGUCAUAGACCUCGGCGGCCUAGAGGUGCGCCAGGUCACCACAUUCGCCAAGGUCUGGUCCACCAGCCGGGAUGGCGCCGGCGCCGCCUUCUUCAGGCCGUCGCCGGUCCCGGCCGGCUUCUCGGUGCUCGGGCACUACGCGCAGCGCGACGGCAGGCCGCUCUCCGGCCAUGUCCUCGUCGCCCGCGACACCACCGCUCCCGACGCGGCGGAGCCGAUCCUUGCCACGCCGCGGGACUGUGCCCUCGUCUGGUCCAGCCCGGACGGCGCCGGCUGCUUCUGGCUCCCCACGGCGCCCGGCGGCUACAGGCCGGUCGGCGUGGUGGUCACGGCCACGCCGGAGAAGCCUCCGCUCGACGAGGUCCGGUGCGUCCGCGCCGACUUCACGGAGGCGUGCGAGGCCGAGGCGCCGCCGGUGUGGAGCUGGAGCGGCGACCGGGGCGGCGGCUUCGUCAGCGUCGCCGCCCUGAAGCCGGCGGUCCGUCGCGUCGACGCCCGCGGUGUGCACGCCGGCACGUUCCUCGCCCGGAGCAGCGCGGCGCCGGUGGAAGCCUCGGCCCUGGCGUGCCUGAGGAACAACGGCGCGAGCCACACGUCCGCCAUGCCCGACCUGGCCCAGGUGCACGCCGUCCUCGCGGCCUACGCGCCGCUGGUGUACCUCCACCAGGGCGAGACCUACAUGCCUUCGUCGGUGGCGUGGUUCUUCGAGAACGGCGCGCUGCUGCACCAGCGGCGGCAGCAGCAGAAGGGAAGCCAGCAGGCCCCGACGACGGUGGCUGCCGACGGGUCGAACCUCCCGCAGGGCGGCGACAACGACGGCAGCUACUGGCUCGACCUGCCGGUGGGCAGGGACCAGAGGGAGAGGGUCAAGAAGGGCGACCUCGCCAGCGCGAAGGCGUACAUGCAGGUGAAGCCAAUGCUCGGCGGGACGGCGACGGACCUCGCCAUGUGGUUCUUCUACCCGAUCAACGGGCCGGCGCGGGCCCGGGUGCUGGGGGCCCUCACCAUACCUCUCGGCGGCAUUGGCUCCCACGUCGGCGACUGGGAGCACCUGACGCUCCGGGUGAGCAACUUCUCCGGCGAGCUCCUGCGGGUGUACUUCUCGCAGCACAGCGCCGGCACCUGGGUGGACGCGUCCCAGCUGGAGUACGCCGCCAGCGGCGGCAGGCCAGUGGCGUACGCGUCGCUGCACGGGCACGCGUUCUACCCGAGGGCGGGGCUGGAGCUGCAGGGUUCCGCGGUGGCCGGGAUACGGAACGACAGCGCCAGGGGGAGCGUGCUCGACACCGGCGGCCACGGGCGGUGCGAGGUGGUGUCGGCAGAGUACCUCGGCGUCGCCGAGCCGGCGUGGCUCGGGUUCAUGCGCCCGUGGGGGCCGACGGAGGUGUACGACGUCGGGCACGUGAUCAACCGCGUCGCGCGGUUCCUGCCGCGCGCAAUCCGGGAGCGCCUGGAGCGCCUGGUGAACAAGGUGUUCGUCGGGGACGGGGCGACGGGGCCCAAGAAGCAUGGCAGCUGGAUAAACGAUGAGAAGGACCCCAACUGAGGCUUUGCACGGGAACCUUCUUCAUCAGUAAGAGUAAC